AAUGAAAGCUGGCAACAUCAUUUGGCCGUUUUCAGUUAUUACCCGCUCGAGGCAACGUUUUAUGUUUGUAUUUCAAUUUUAAAAACUAUUUUUUAUUCGAUGUGAAGUGAGAAUAUUGUGAAUAUUCGAAUUUUUAGCUCGCUUCCAUACAAACAAAAGCCUACUGGUACCCUCAACUUCAUUGCAUUUAAACUUACGUGUUGAAAAAAGUUUAGUUAUAACAAAAAAUUUCAAACUGGAAGAACUGUUGGUUCUAUGGUAACAAGUUGUGGCUGCUGGUCAGUUCAUAUUCCAGACAAUGGCGAUGCAUCGAGGUUCUUUUCUAGAUUCCGGGGCAAAUAGCGUGGACCGUAGGAUGCGUCCACGGCCGAACACACGCAUCAAUCUGGAAACAUUAAUGUGUGAUGAAAACCGGAAUUCUUCUGGGUCUUCCUCAUCCUCUCGAAGAAGUAGCUCUCCAAAUCAUACAGAUUUUUACGAAAAUAUACCGGAGUUGCCCGAAACACCUAAGGAUGAUGAAACAGUUAAAGUUUGUCUUCGACUAAGACCACAUUUGAAGAACAAACCUUACAAUGUGGCGUUCAGGAUACAUGAAAAUACGUUACUGGCAAGAACCGUUGACGAAACAUCUACGGAACGAAAGUAUACCUUCAGUGAAAUUUUCAAUGACAAUGUUUCACAAGCAGAAGUUUAUGAUCGUUGCAUCAAACCGGCAAUCAGAAAUAUUAUGGGAGAUCGUGGCGCUACAUUCCUGACUUACGGUACCUCAGGAUCUGGUAAGACGUACACCCUUCUUGGAAACAACAAAAAUCCCGGCAUUGUUCCCAGAGCUAUUGAGCAAAUUUUUCAGGAGCAUGCGAGCAUAAUUUCGCCACAACCCAGUUUGAAAAUAGAUAAAACUAUGAUUAGCUUUCUGGAUGACGACACCAUUUGCGAUGAAUUGCAAAAAGUGGAAACUUUGAAACAAAUCGUUCAGAAUGGAAACACUAAUCACUCCGAAAUGAAGUCUAUUAUCCAGAAGGAACACUCGUUCGGAACUGAAUGUGAUCCGAAUGUACGGGUUUUCAUAUGGGUGUCUUUUGUUGAAAUUUACAACGAGAAUGUUUACGAUUUGUUGGCUCUGGAAUCGAUACACGGAAAACGUAAACCUUUGAAGAUUUUGUCCAAUGAAGGGAACGCCUAUGUUAAGGAUUUAUCAUGGGUUUACGCUGGUAAUAGUGAAGAUGCAUACAGCAUUCUUCAAUUCGGCCUUCAAAGUGCUACAUAUGGAUCAACUGAUGUAAAUAGGCAUUCCAGUCGCUCGCACAGCAUUUUCUCAUUAACUAUAGUUUCAUACUCGGUUGCCACUCAACACAUCAAAUAUUCCGUCUAUAAAUUCUGUGAUCUCGCCGGGUCAGAGCGGUUUAAAAAGACUGGAACUGUUGGAGAACGAUUUAAAGAAGCCCAGAAGAUAAACACUUCGCUAAUGGUACUUGGUCGGUGUUUGGAGACGGUGCACAAAAACCAAAAAUCGAAAAAACUUGCCGAACUGGUUCCAGUUCGAGACUCAAAGCUCACAAUGUUCAUUCAAUCUGCACUAUUUGGCAAAGAGAAGCUAACUAUGUUAGUGAAUCUCUAUCCAACGGAGGAAUUUUAUGACGAGAAUCUAAAUGUUCUGAACUUUUCGUCGAUAGCCAAGCAAAUUGUUUUGCAGAGAAAACCAACGAGGAAAAACGAUCGUACCACGCGUUACUCAUUCUUUUUGGCACAAGCAGUUAGCAGCCCAUCCUCCAAGAUUGGCAAUCCUUUUAUGCUCGAGAACGAAAGACUCAAACAAGAGAUUUCAGUAUACAAAGAGCAGAUUGCAGAGAAGGGUAUGGAGGUUCAGCUUUUGAAGCGAGAAUUACUCGAACAGGAGCUUCAAUUGCGCAAUGAGCUAACGGAUGACUUUGAAUCUUAUAUCGCUGAGCGCGAAGAAACCUUCAAAACGCGUUUGAAGCAAGCCCAGGAGGCCUCUAUUUUACCCUACAAAUUUCAGAUUAGUAACUUGAAUGCCAAAAUAGAGCAUCUAAGGAACGUGAUCACUGAUAUGGAAUUUGAGGAAGAUGAAUAUGAGAAAAAAAUCAAAGCGUAUGAAGAACAAUUGAGUAAAGUUCGUCAAAAGGAGAGUAGAAAUAGAAGAUUGUCGCUGUGAUUUGUAUUGAAACAUUUUUUUUAUUUACCACAAAUAUAACAUUCUAGCGAAAUCGCUUA